CUUUUAUUAGAACUUUUCGUGUUGUGAUGUAUCUGGCUUCGCAUUGUCACACACGUUGUAAUGACCUUCUGUUGACUAAUAAUAACUCCUCGUUUUAUUUUACGACAUUAUGAUAUGAAAUCAAGGUAAAAUGUUGGCAAGUGUAAUCGGACGUCACAUCCUUCGUAACUUUGGAGGAAUGCAGUGGAGUGGCCUCCUUCAGGUGUCCAACAAAUUUGCCUGUUUAGGACCGCGGACCACUCACUGUUCAACACUGUUUACUAGAGGUUUAUAUGGACGGCUGCCCCCUAGACAUGUUGCUGGCUCUGUUCUGGGAGCCCAAUCAUUUCACUGCUCUGUGCAAAGACUGAAGAAACGUCCUGAGGAAGAGAGUCCACCAAGAGAACUUGAUUUGGUUCGUUAUGACAUGAGAGACCUGAAGAAAGCUCCAAAGCCGGCACUCUAUCUCGGAUUAUCUGGUCUCAUACCUUUUGUAUCCGCUCCUCUACUUAUGGCUGUCACAGAGCUGUAUCUUCCUGAAGUCGCUUUUGCUCAAGUUGCGUACGGAGCGUCCAUUGUUUCCUUUCUUGGCGGGGUACGCUGGGGUUUCGCCUUGCCUGCUGGGAGUCCAGCAAAACCUGACUGGCUCAAUUUAGCCAACAGUGUGGUUCCCUCUCUGAUUGCUUGGACAGCACUGCUUUUUUGCCAUGAUAUUACACAGUCUGCUGUGCUUGUGAUAAUGGGGCUUGGGAUAGCAUUACAUUAUGACCUGUCCCUUUUACCCACAUAUCCAAGCUGGUUUAAAGCACUGAGGACCAUCCUCACAGUUGUAGCCUUUUUCUCUUUGAUAGGCACUAUUGUCAUUAAGCAGUACUAUCCUGAGAAGAAGUAUUUCACUGAUAAAUGAACUAUACACAAUGUCACAAUGCCAUGUCAAUCCAUUAAUAUUAAAUAAGUAAAGUGUCAUCACUGAUAAUGUUACACCAUAUUCUACAUGUUUAAUGGUGAUUCUGGCUUUUUUUUUCAGUUCUAAAUUCUGAAAAUAUCAAUUUUGUUUCCUGUUGUUGUAGGUUUUUGGCCAUAGGUAUUAUACUACAGUGGUGAAUUCAAAUUAAAAUAGUUUUUCCUUGCUUUUAAUAUGAAUUCACAUACUGUAUCAGUUAGAAUGUAUUAAGUAAAAUAAAAAAACAGACCACACUGCUAUAAAUUUUCAAAUGCUUAAAGGGGGAAAAUGAAAAUCUGUAUUGUAUUGAACAAGUAAACGUUCAGUUUUUAAAAUUUC